AUGAUCAGAUCCAAGCUGAUGAGCUGGAGAGAAUAUCUCACACCUGUCACGCACGCGUCUACUUUCCAAACCACAGGCCAGAUUACCCCGGAAGAAUUCGUAGAAGCAGGGGACUACUUAUGCCAUAUGUUUCCAACAUGGGAGUGGAACCGGGCCACAAAUGCCGUGCAAGGCCGCGAUUUUCUUCCUCCCGAUAGACAAUUUCUGGUCACUCGCAAAGUCCCUUGCGCGAAACGUGCCGAACAGCUCACCACAGUGGCAGCUGUCGAGGGAGACAAGUGGAAUAAUGACGAAUUUAAAUACGACGGCACCAACAACGAAGAUUGGGUUGUAGAAGGAGGAAACACCAAUAACAUAGAUGUUAGCCGACACAACAAACACGAGGAUAUUGACGAGAUGCUACAGGACUUGGAACUGGACGGUGACGGUGACGGUGAGAAUGAGGUUGUGGAUGAUGAUGAUGACAUCGUCCUUCCUGUCGUGCCGGGUGACACGCGCUACUACGACUUAUACAUUGCGUAUUCCACAACGUAUCGGGUGCCCAAGCUUUAUCUGGUCGGCUUCAAUAGCGAAGGAUCACCGUUGAGCCCGCAGGAAAUGUUUCAGGACAUCGCCCCCGAUUAUCGCUCCAAGACGGCCACAAUUGAAACGUUACCAUUUCUCACGGCGCACGUGACCUGUGUUUCUAUCCAUCCUUGUAAACAUGCCAAUGUGAUGCGGGUGCUGAUGGAGCGAGUCCGUGAAGUUAAGAGUCGUAAGCGGCGCGAACUGAGCGGGACAAAUGCUGCCAAAGCCGCAGACGACGACUGGGAAGACCUGCAAAAUGAGGUCGACGAAGACGGUCUACGAGUAGACCAAUACCUGGUUGUUUUCCUCAAAUUCAUUGCGAGUGUUACACCCGGUAUAGAGCACGACUACACCAUGGAAGGAUGGUAA